GGUAGAAGGGGAGAAUGGUGGCCAUGUGCUCUCCAGGCCUGCCCUUGGGCCUGGUCUGGCGGAGGGACGGGACGGGCUGAGGCAAACGUCAGGGCGGCAAUGCCGCGUUGUCGCCUUGUUUCGGGAGAGGUGUACGGAUGCGUUACGUCGCAGCUUAUCUGCUCGCGGUGCUCGGGGGCAAUGAGUCCCCCACGUCCAAGGACUUGAAAAAGAUCCUCGAUAGCGUCGGCAUCGAGACGGACGAUGAACGCAUGAACAAGGUUAUUAGUGAGCUGAAUGGAAAAAACAUUGAAGAUGUAAUUGCCCAGGGUAAUGGAAAACUUGCCAGCAUGCCAGCUGGGGGAGCGGUGGCAGUCUCUGCUGGAGGGGGCUCUGCUGCUCCUGCUGCAACUGCUGCCCCUGCAGCUGGUGAGUGUGAGCCGAGAGGAGUGGCUACAGGGCAACUCCUGCUGUUUCUGCUGAGGAGAAGAAAGAAGAGAAGAAGGAGGAAUCAGAAGAAUCUGAUGAUGAUAUGGGAUUUGGCCUCUUUGAUUAAUUAUUUGUUAUAGAGAAGUUAUUAAAAGUCUUUGUUUUAAA